CUGCUACAAAUAAAAAUUCGUGGGGCGGCCAAACCCUAAAACGCCCCACAGCGCAAGCGAGCAGAUCCUCCUCCCUUUCUGCUUCCUGGCAUCCUCUCUGCCUCCCCGCGCCGAUCUCGAGCACCUGGGGAGACCGCGAGACGUGCGCCUGAUUUUUCUCAUCGCAGCAGCCCUCAAGUUCCCCACCUCUUUUUUCUUGCAGCUUUCAAUUAAUCUGGUUAUUUAGCUACAUCUUUAUUUUACUUUCAUUUUACCUUUAAUCUGUUUAGUUCCAUUGCAUCUUCUGCGGUUGCGGUUAGUAUUGCUGUUUCUUGCUCCUUGUUUCUUGUUCUUUUGCUUCUAACCAUGGACGCAGGAACCUACUCCAUCUCAUCAGAGAAGAGCCACACGGCGGCAGCGGCGCGGCCCCCUCUUCAGGAGGCCGGCACUCGGCCCUACAUGCCGUCGCUGAGCACAGGAUCGCGCAACCCGUCGGCCAAGUGCUACGGCGAUAGGUUCAUCCCGGACAGGUCGGCGAUGGAUAUGGACAUGGCGCACUACCUGCUCACGGAGCCCAGGAGGGACAAGGAGAACGCGGUGGCAGCGUCCCCAUCCAAGGAGGCGUACCGGAGGCUGCUCGCCGAGAAGUUGCUCAACAACCGGACACGCAUCCUUGCCUUCAGGAACAAGCCGCCUGUGUCUGAGAACGUCUCGGCAGCCAUCACAGCUUCCUCUCACCAUGCCAAGCUGGUCAAGCAGCGUCGACAUAUUCCCCAGUCUGCAGAGAGGACUCUGGACGCACCAGAGCUUGUUGACGACUACUACCUCAACCUGCUUGACUGGGGGAGCAACAACGUGCUAUCCAUUGCUCUGGGCGACACGGUAUACCUGUGGGAUGCCUCCAGUGGAUCCACGUCUGAGCUUGUGACCAUUCACGAGGACAGUGGUCCCAUCACCAGCGUCAACUGGGCUCCAGAUGGCCACCAUAUCGCUAUUGGGCUCAACUCAUCCGAUAUCCAGCUCUGGGACACCAGCUCCAACCGACUGUUGAGAACUCUCAGAGGUGUGCAUGAGGAAAGAGUUGGCUCACUGGCAUGGAACAACAACAUCCUCACCACUGGCAGUAUGGAUGGCAAGAUCGUGAACAACGACGUGAGAAUUAGGAACCAUGUUGUACAGACAUACGAGGGGCACAGCCAGGAGGUGUGUGGGCUCAAGUGGUCUGGAUCAGGGCAGCAGCUGGCUAGUGGGGGUAAUGACAACCUUCUGCACAUUUGGGAUGUGUCGAUGGCAUCCCCCAUGUCAACCGCUGGCCGCAACCAGUGGCUGCACAGGCUCGAGGACCACAUGUCCGCUGUGAAGGCACUCGCGUGGUGUCCUUUCCAGAGCAACUUGCUGGCAACUGGUGGUGGCGGCAGUGAUAGAUGCAUCAAGUUCUGGAACACACACACUGGAGCAUGUCUGAACUCUGUUAACACUGGAUCACAGGUCUGUGCCCUUCUAUGGAACAAAAAUGAGAGAGAGCUGCUGAGCUCACACGGAUUCACACAGAACCAACUAACCUUGUGGAAGUACCCAUCAAUGGUAAAGAUGGCUGAACUCAGUGGCCAUACCUCUCGUGUCCUUUUCAUGGCUCAGAGCCCUGAUGGUUGCACAGUAGCAUCAGCCGCUGCGGAUGAGACCCUUCGGUUCUGGAACGUAUUUGGAGACCCUGAAGUGGCCAAGCCUGCAGCCAAGGCUUCCCACACUGGGAUGUUCAACAGCUUCAACCAUAUUCGAUAGGAACAAGUCAUGAGAACGAUCCCUUCUGUUGGAAAUGGCCGUGCAUCAUAUGUGAGGUCGAUUCCUAUUGAUGAGAUCUAUCCACAUUGAGUAAGCACACAACAUCAGCGAGCAUUGCCAUCAUAUGCAUCAUUCAGCGAUGCUAAUCAGAAAUCCAGGAUCAGGGCCGUAAAAGGGUUGGACUAUAUGUAUCUGCAACAUCGCAAGCAACAGGGAGGCUGUCUCUUCAGAAAUUUUCAAGAGGACGUGUCAGAAACAUACUCAGGAGGCCGUCUCUUCAUUCAAAGAGUAUCUUUUACACGACUUCUUGAGUAUAAAAAACUCAUUUGUACAAUCCUACCUGUCUAUUGAAUUGUCUUUAGAAAAAAAAAAGAGACUUUAUUGUAUGUACUUUUUUUAUCUUUUAUGUCUGAAGAACUGUUUUCCCCUUUUCUUUUAGAAGUAGGAGCCGGUAAAGCUACUCUUUCAAUUUGUCACAAGCAUUAUUUAUUUUUAUAAUUUGUCCUCUGUUUCCUUGA